AAUAAACAAGUAGGUGAGGUACUUUUUAUGAGCAGCAGAAGUAGUACGAUAUUUGAAACAGGUGGUUAAAGAAGCCUAUUUUAUACUUAAUAACGACAUUGCAAACCUCAAGAGAACAAAUAUACGAAAUUUUUUUGAAAACUAUGUUUAAAACGAAUAAAAUACAGACCCUUUUGGGUCUGUUAGCUUUAUAUCUAUGCUUAAGCAUAGAUUUAACACAAGCUCAAGAAAAUGCCCAAUUACAAAUACCUCCGUCAUUGGUGGAAUGUUAUAAUACCUCUUACUAUAUGGAUCGUGCUAAUCGUUUGCCCUCCAACAUAGAAACUCUAAUAACACUGAUAGAAAAAGUGGAAAAUUCUUAUGGUUUUAAUCAAGAUAUACGCCAAUUGGCGGUAUCUUUGACCCAUCGUUUCCGUCAAGAUGGCAUACAGAGAGCUAAUGGUGUGGCUGCCGGUUUACCUGGAGUUAUACCCUAUAGUCCUACUGGUUUCCAAUUUCCCAAAUUUCGCAUACUUCUACAACGUUUGAUACCUGGUAAUGCUUUCAAUUUUCCCAAUAAUUCUCUAACCAGUGAGGAAAGGUGCUCUCUACAUUUUAUGCUGUCCAGUUCGUUUGAUACACGCGUCCGAGGAGAUGAGAAUACUGUAUGCAGCAAUUUGGCUCAAUAUAGAUCCCAACGUUUACCGCGUGCUUUACACAAUCCUCAACAAAGACCCAGUAAUUUCAUAGGAGAUGUAGAAAUUUUGGAUAGCUUACAAUCUCAGGCAGCCAAACGUGGUGCUCCUAUGCAGGCGGGACAACGUUUUAAUACAAAUGCCAAGUCCUAUGAUUAUGAAUAUGGCUGGAAUGAUUAUGGUUACAAUAACAAUGGAGGCAGUAAUAGCAUUAGCCAGUGUCCAGUGGAAAAUGGUGUUAUACGCACCCAAUGGGGUACAGUGGCUGCGGGUACUUUAUUGGCAGGUAUAGCUGCUGGUUUGCAACCUCAAACCGUACCUUUAAGAACUUUACUGGCUAUGGCCUCUCGUCGCAAUGGUUAUCAAAAUAUGCCACAAAUAGCCACCGUCAAUGUAGACAAUAGAUGGGCCGCCACUGUGGCUGGUGAUUUGGCUGAGGUUGCUUUAGUACAAGUUCCCGUCUCUGCUAACGAACAGGCCACCGUAGGUGCUAUAGGUGCCUGGAAUAGCACCGUAAUGCCCAAAUGGUAUUUCCUUUCGCAAAGACAAAACCUUGAAAUGACUGAUGCCGAAAUACGUGGUGGCAUUGAUGGUCUUAUAUUGGCGCUUAACAUUGCUCAAUGGAAUAAUCAAAUUAACAAUUUGAAAUUAUCUCAAGUAUUGCGUAUGUAUUAUUCUUUGGAUGGUGUUUUGGGUAGCGGCAUAAUGGCCUGUAAUCGCAUGGCUACCUUCCAGGGUAUUACCAAUUAUCAACAAACUAUGAUGGCUCAGACAUCAGCAUUUGCUCAGGUCUUGGAUCGUGAAAUGCAAUUGGUGGUUACUUUGUCUCCAGAUUCGAUUGCCAAUUUUUCAUUGUCUGCCACAAAUGCUUUGAUCAAUUAUUUGCCCAUGAAUGAUCCUUUAUGUUCGGUUAGCAGUGCGGUACCCCAAGAUGUCUCACAAACCAUAACACCCAUGACAAAUAUAUAUGUUUAUAUAGAUACCACUUGGCCAUUCUAUCAAGUGCAGGACUAUGUCAACUAUGUGCUGAGCAAUUUAAACAUUAAUCCUUAUGCCAGUUCGGUGACAUUAUUGGCAGCAGCUGAUGGUUCCAUUAUAGUUAAUACCACCAAUUAUAUAUCGGACAUAUUCCAGGGUUGGAACUAUACCACACAUAAUAAUUAUACCCAGGGCUUUAGCUUACCUACGGUAUUGCAAAGCAUACAAAAUUUGACUACCCAAUAUAUGAAUGCUCAGAAGACUAAUUCUACGGUGGGAGGACGCUCUUUAAUAGCCUUAAUGGUGCCCUAUAUGGCUACUGUCAGUGCUUCAGAUUCCAAUUAUGCCACCACUCAGUUACAAUACAUAAACGAACAAAUACCCGAUUUACGUUUCAUUUAUUAUGCUGGCGGCACUAUAACACGUUUCACCUCAUUUGUUUUGGAACCCACUAAAGAUUUAUUCUCCCUGAGUCCUUCCACAAGUCCAGCUACAGCCGGUGGACCGGUAGUUAUGAGAAUUAAGACAAUUCCUCGCCGUUUGAUAAAUCCCCGCUGUGGUGCCUCUUGGUAUACUUCCACCUGGGGAACUGAUCAACUAGCUCAAUAUGCCCGUCCCGGUGUUACUAAUUUUUAUCGCAUGGUACCCAAUUAUUUCUAUGGUGCUGGUAAUGGUCGUUAUUUGAAUAUACAAUCACAAAAUUCGGUACAAUUUACCGUAUGCACAUCACGUUCAGUGGUUCUACCCCAACAAAAUGCCACCUCUAGCAAUUCGGAUGUUACCUGUACCCAAUUACAGGGCAAUACUUUUUCAUAUGAUUUAUCGAAUGCCUGUAAUGGUUACUAUACAAUACAUCAAUGUCCUCCUCUAUAUGUUUCGGUACAGGCUCCUUCUAGUUAUUCUUCCUCCUCCUCACCAUCAUCAUCAUCAUCAAGUUUUGGUGGCCCAUCAUAUGGUGGCUCUUCAUAUGCCUCUAUCUGCACCGAUGCAGCCUGUCAAACACCUGAUCAGGCCCGUUAUAUAAUGUCAGUGGUUAAUUUGGGCUGCUAUAGUGGUGUAUCAGCUUUAACAGCCAGUUUUGCCACCUUGAUCCUGGUGUAUUUGUUGAGUAAACUUCUUUAAAUGGUUUUCACAAAUAUAUUCAAAUUUCGACGCCAUAUUUAUACACAUAAUUUAAAUAAGUUAUUUUCACUUCGUUUUUUAUACAACUUACAAGUUGAGACCUUCAAUUAGAACAAAUCCUGGGUCAACUUGUGAUCCUUAAGAUCCUGUCAAAGAGUUUGUUUUUCUUUUUAUUCAUUUUUAUCUUUAUUUUACAAUAUAACUUUAUGCUUAAAUUAUUAUUUUUAAGUAAAAUUUAUAAAAACAAAAAUAACAACAAAUUAUAAAUUACACUUUUUCUAAUAAACUUUUAAAUUAAAAAAAAAAUUGGAUUUAGUCC